AUGGCACUCUCCUGGAGGUUCACACAGCAUCCACGACUCUGCUUCAUCAUCGCUGUUUCUGCAGUUUUCCUUCUUCUGCUCAUCAGCCGAGAACUCCCAGCAGAGCACAUCGACCCGGCCGCCAUCGAUCUCACUCUGCUCGUCAAUACUUUAAUAAAUUCAAGCCAAUCGGGCUCUCGGCAGCUCUUCUCUCUGCUCAGCGUGACGUCUUACAGCUCUCUGGCUCUGCACAAACUCACCCUGUUGGUCUACAACAUUUCCAGCAUCAAAAAUAUAGAAAGCAACAAGUUCAGGAGAAGAUUUUGCUACUGUGUCACCAACGAGACCAACGAUUUAACCGACUUUACUGCCAUUCUGCUGGACGUGAUGGGAAACUCUACCAGUUAUCUACACGAGCUCUUUAAAUCUGCCUCCAUACUGUCAGUGAGCCAGAGGAAUAACUCAGACUGUAUUUACAUCUGUGUGAUGGCAGGAAAAAUGGGCAGAGAGGUUCCUGAACUGUGGCAGGUGGACUCCAUCACUCCACUGUUCAACCAGACCAUCGUAGAAGGACCACACAGAGACCCCCGCACCCCACCACCCCACCCGCCCACACCCCACACACACCCCACCCCCAGGGGGGGCCGACGGCCCCAAGCAGCCAGGAAGCCAGACACAGGGGCAGAGCGCCCCACCGAAGGGACGGCAACCAGCCCAUCACCGGGCAGGUCGCCACCGGAGGCCGGCCAGAGGGAACCGGAGCCGGGACCCAAUGCAAGUCCAGAGGGCAAAAAUGGACAGAGCGGUGGGGCCCGGCAACGCCAAUGGGGGGGACCCCGUAUACCCACCCGCACUAGCCCCCGGGUGAGCACAGCACACCCAAGGCCCCCACAUCCCGCGAUGCCAACCAACCCCCCCCACCAGGACAGAGCCACCACACACCACCAACCCACGCCACAGCCACAGCACCCACCGCGACAGCCAAUCCAGAUCCCGCAGCCCAGCAAGAGCCACCGCGCCAGCCAGGACCAGUCGGACACGCAGGAGAACCCCCACAGGCCACGGCCCCCCGGCCCCCGGGGACCCCCAGCCACAGCGACACGGAUGAUGGUGCACCCCGCCGCCCCAUAG